CCUGUCUCAGGGUCAAAAUAAAGGGCUGGGGAGGGGGCUCAGCGGGAAGGCCCUGGGCUCAUGCCCCGUAAAGGGGGACUCUGCGCCGCCCGCGUUCCCAUGCUCCCGUGUCCCUAGUCCUAGACAACAGUGUAAGCACUCCUCCGGCAGCGUUCGCAGCGCGCCAGGUUCCAGGUGGCCUACAGACGAGGUAAAUGCGAGGCAGGACGCGCUUAGGGUCCUUGCAAAUCCUGCCCCAGUUUAACGAAGGGAUAUAAGCCUCCCUUAUUUGGGGACCCACGGAGUCCUGGAACCCACGUCCCUGGAUACAGAGGGAUGACUGUACUUCGCCCAGUAACUCUGUGUUCUUUUUGCGGGCAGAGGGACCUCGCUGUGUAGCCCACGCUGGCCUGGAACUCGCAGCGAUCCUCCUGCCUCAGCCUCCUGAGUGCUGGGGCCACCACGCGAGGGCGCUCCUGUGGCCCCCGUGACCCACCAGCAGCCUCCCCUCCCCCAGGCCUCCCGGGCCGGGAUCCAGGUCAGGGCCGGGAUUAGCAGUCCUGAGCCGGCUUCCCGGCGGGCGGCCGCGCCAUGGCGUCGCUGUUCUGGGGCCGCGUCCUGGUCCGAAACAACAGCGAGCAGGACUUGCUGGAGACCGAGGCGGAGCACGGCCGCCGGCUGGAGAACCGACUGCUGCUGCUGUUCUUCGGCGCUCAGGGCUGCGCGCGGUGCCAGGCCUUCGCGCCCACGCUGCGCGACUUCUUCGUGCGCCUCACGGACGAGUUCCACGUGGUGCGCGCCGCGCAGCUGGCCCUGGUGUACGUGUCGCAGGACGCCACGGCGGAGCAGCAGGCCCUGUUCCUCAGGGACAUGCCCGAGCGCUGGCUGUUCCUGCCCUUCGAGGACGACCUGCGGAGGGACCUGGGCCGCCUCUUCUCCGUGCGGCGCCUGCCGGCCGUGGUGGUGCUCAAGCCCGACGGGGGCGUGCUCACGCGCGACGCGGCCGACGAGAUCCAGCGCCUGGGCCCCGCCUGCUUCGCCAACUGGCAGGAGGCGGCCGAGGUCCUGGACCGCAGCUUCCUGCCGCCCGAGGACUUGGACGAGCCGCCGCGACGCAGCCUGACCGAGCCUCUGCGCCGCUGCAAGUACCGCGUAGAAGCGGAGCCCGGGAGGGGGCGGGGCCCGCGGGGCGGGGCCGGGCCGGAGGAGGGCGGCGCCGGGGCGCUGUUCUGA